AUGCACCAAGCGUUCGCCCAUGACCCUAAGUGUGAAACCGUCAAGCACAAGGCUCCUGCUGCGGCCUCAUCGCUGGCAACCCAGGCCGAUCUCGCCUCGCGCCUCGGGCAGCGGGCUGGACCAGCAGCUGCGGGCGGCAGCCGCGGACUUUCAGCAGCCACCCGAGGUGCGGCAGCGCGCAAGAUUGGCUCCGACGCCACCUAUCUGCCCCACGUCCAACAGGCUUUCGGCAUGAGGAGCAUGCGCAGCUUCGCGGGCAGCAUCCCCCUCGCCUACAUCGCCCAGUCCAUCUGGACCCUCAGCCGCCUCUGCUAA